AAUGUUGUAAAUGUGGACUUCACUUGUUAUCAUGAACGUUGCUCGCGGCGCCAACCAGCGACGGUUCAUCAGCCAGCAGGCUAUGACGCUGCGUGAAUCCGUCAGGAAGCUGGACUACGACCACUUCCUCUGUGGGCUGCUGCUUCCUACUCCGUCGCGCGAUGCCUUCUAUGCCAUUCGUGCAUUCAACAUUGAAAUCGCUCGCAUCAAAGAUUCCUCUCGCACGAAUCCGGGUGCCGGAAAGCUGCGCAUCCAGUGGUGGCGCCAGCGUCUUAACGACCUUUUCGACAAACGCAACGCCGCUUCGGCUCCCACGGACCAUGUGGUUCUAGCAGAGCUGCAUACCGCCAUUCACAAACACCAACUCACCCAGCGGUGGUUUGAUCGCAUCUUGGAAGCGCGGGAAAUGGACUUAGAAGUUGACAACCCGACCUCUAUGCGAGACCUGGACAUGUACGCCGAAAAGACGGCCGCGUCCAUGCUCCACCUCACGCUGGAAUGCCUCGAUAUCCGCAACGACGCCGCCGACGUCGCCGCGCGACAUGCGGGCACGGCCAUUGGCAUCACGACGCUCUUGCGCGGCACCACGUUCCACUCGAGUCAGAAAUGUGUUUAUUUGCCCAAUGAUGUAUUGGCCAAACACCAAGCCACUGUAGACGACGUCCUGGUCGCCGCUGGAGCCCCCGAGGAUGCCACCGAUGACGUUAUCGCCAAGAUUACGCCGGCGACGUUUGACGUGGCCUGCCAUGCCCUUGACCACAUGCGACAGGCGCAGGCCAUGCAGUCCCAGCUUCCCCGCGCCGCCAUCCCUGCGUUUUAUACAACAGUGUCGUCGCAACUCUUCCUCGCCCGGUUGGAAACGUAUCAGUUCAAGUUGGUGCAUCCUGAAUUGCACGAGUCGCGGCCGCAAGCGCUGCAGUGGUCGCUGUUCAAGCACUCGUUGUUUCGGUCGUUUUAACAAUUGACGACCCAAAACAGGUCGCCCCUCGACAACCCAAUCGACGGAUAGUUGCAUUGUUACCAUUAGUUGGGGUCAGUCGUACUAACAUUUAAAGACUAUCAUCUAUCCAA